UUUUGUUUACCUACCGCUCUCUCGCGAAGCCCGGCUAUAGUGUUCAAAAGCAAGGACAGAUUGUGCUUAAUGAAGUGUGUGCGAAUCUUUUUUUUGCAAAGCCGUGGUUCUGCUCUUCAAUUGACUGAUCAUUUCGAGUAAACACAUCGUCUUCUUCGUAUCAAGCUUGUUGUGCGAAUUAUCUUUUCCUAUGUUUAUUGACGGUGAUACAUUCUUCGCUUAAAUUGGCAGAUCCUCUUGGAACAGAUUGCUCGUGAAUGGCAUCAAAUGCGCUGCUGGGGAAGCUGAUUUUGGCGCUAACACUGUCGGUGUUUUUGUAUUAUUUCUUCUGGGUCGGUAUUUUGCCGUUCAUAGUGAUUGACUCAAGUGAAGAUAACUGGAUAUAUUCGUUGUUUCCGGAGAAGAAGUUCGCUUUCAUGAUACCAGCUGUUUUUGGAGUGCUGCUCGUCGGAGGCUUGUCUGUCUUCACGCUCUAUCAAUUGAAAGGUCAUCUGAGGGCCAGUAGUAGUGACUGAGCAGUAUAAACGCAGCACACAUCGCCGAAACUCGAUGCACGAUGGAAACGUGGCUAGUGAUCGGAAUAUCAGGCGUCACGAACGGUGGCAAAACGACGCUCGCCAAAUCCUUACAUCAAUACUUCACCGGUCAUCAAAAUAAAAUCAUCUUCAAGGAAAACAUCACGAUGAACAAAGUUACGCUGCUGAGUCAAGAUGAUUACUUUCUUCCGGUGGACAGCCCCAAACACAAGAUGAUCGAAAAACUAGGUCACAUCAACUGGGAGAUCCUCUCGUCGAUCGAUAUGGAUAAAAUGUGCCACGACAUCAUGACAACCCUCGGUCAUAAGUUCAUUCUGUACAACUGCCACCAGCUGAGCAAAUCCGAAGGAGACAACAACAUUGCCGAGCAGGUCGAUCCGCUACUGGACGAGGACAAUAUUUUCGCCGAUCACUUCCUCAGCAACUACUUGAACAAAUACGACGACGGAUCGGUCGGAGUCAACCAAAGAACGUCAAAUCUCAUCAAAAAGUCCAAAAACGAAUCAUUCCUAAAUAUGAACAUAAAGCUAAACGUGCUGCUCAUUGAAGGUUUUCUGAUUUUCAACCAUCCAUUCACGCUGGAUUUGUGCAACGUCAAAUUCCAUAUGCACUUGCCGUACGAAAAGUGCUACGACAGGCGAAUCAAGCGGGUGUACGAUCCGCCGGACGUCGUCGGGUAUUUCGAAAUGUGCGUCUGGCCAAUGUAUGAGAAGCAUUUCAAAGAGUUCAGGGAUCGCACGGAUGUCUACAUGCUGAACGGGGAGGUGCCUAAGGAAAACAUAAUGAACUAUGUGCUGAAUUGUAUCAAAGAUCUAGUGUAAAUGCAACCGAAGAGCGAAUGAACAAAGGGUAGCGUCCGAACGCAGCGAUGGUUCCUUCUAAGUAUAGUCUACUAUUUGUCUUUUGAAUUUCACUUUAAAAUAUGCUAAAUAUGAGAUAUUCUUCAUAUAAUUAGUAUUUUGAUGCGGCUACUUUUAUACACGUUUUAAAAAUAUAGACAUUUCAAUAAGCUAAUUCAUAGCUCA